GAAGGUCAUGGGUGAAUCAAGGAAGGUGAAUUUUUUUUUCCAUAGAUCUAGAUUAGAGAUCUACAUUCAUUGGAACCAAGCUAAACUUGGUAGUCGGCCUACAAGUCACAGUAGAUUCUGCCCCAUUCAAGAAGAAACCAACGCCAACAGUGGCAGCACAUACAUUUCAGUUGCAUGUAUUUUCUAUGGAGUCAGAGAUAACCUAUAUAAAUAGACAAUCUGGAUUCAAGAUACUGUAAAGCCCUAGAGCAAAAUUAACUUUUCAAAAAUCACAUUACCACUUUUAAAAAAAAUGUCUCUGAUAAAACAUUUGAAACAACUGUGUGGAAGAUCCAUAAAGAUUCAGAAUGUUGCUGGACUUGCUUCCCAUCCAGUCUCAGUCCAAAGGGUUCUGUUCAAACUACAAACACAACAUCUCCAAGUGAUGAGCUCAGAAAUGUCAAUAAGAAACUUUCAUAACUCAUCAUUUUGUUUUCAAGAAGCAGUUCUAAAGAAGAGAGACAGGAUGACAGAAAUAGACCUGAAAGCAGAUGCUGCUGAUCUUUUUAAAACUGCUGUCAAGUCAGUGUGUCCUAAAGUGAUGAUAGAGAAUGUCCUACAAUACAAUCGAGCCACAUCGACCUUGAAAGUUCAGGACAAGACCUACACAGUCAACAAAAAUAUAUUUGUAGUUGGUUUUGGCGAAGCUGUUCUUGGUAUGGCUAAAGUUGUUGAAGACAUCUUAAGCGAUCAUUUGGUGACUGGUAUUAUCAGCAUUCCAAAAGGAUUGAAGGAAGAGAUUUUCAAUAUUGAAAACAACAGAGAUAUGUUUCUUUCACCUACUUCUAAGAUUCAAGUCUUUGAAGGUGCAGCAACAGUUUCAUCUGUAGAAAUGGACCAACGUUCAUAUAAUGCUGCUAUAGCCAUUCAAAAUUUGGUAUCUAACCUUUCACCCAAUGACAUAUUAAUUGUAGUUCUUUCAGAAGGAGGAUCCACAUUAUGUCCAUCACCAUAUCCACCAAUCACUUUGCUAGAUCUGUUUGAGCUGACCAGACUAUUAGCAAGAAAUGGUGCUACAGUGCGUGAAAUAAAUACAGUUCGUAAAAACAUAGAAAUUCUAAAAGGUGGAGGACUUGCUUUACUAGCCCGACCUGCAAAGGUAGUCUCAUUAAUUCUGUCUUCCGUCAUUGGUGAUGCAGUGGAUCUCAUCGCUAGCGGCCCUACAUGCCCUACCCAACGCACUCCACAUCACUGCAUGGAGAUACUCAUGCGGCUUGGCAUCCUAGACAAAACACCUGAAAGCAUUAGAAAGUUUCUGGAGAAAGAAAUCAAACAACUCAACAUGAUUCAAGCUCAGGCAGGUUUAAAAUCAACUCAGAAGAAAGUGCAACAACAUCAGUUGGAAGGUGUUCAGAAUGUCAUAGUUGGAAAUAAUCUCAUUGCCUGUGAAGCUGCCGCUAGCCGAGCUACAGAACUUGGCUAUUUGCCUGUUAUUUUGACUACUGAAAUGACAGGAGAAGCAACAAAAGUUGGAUCAUUGUAUGCAAAACUGGCUAAGUUUGUCAUGUUUUGCUUUGACAGGAAAGCAUCAUGGGAACCCAAUUCAGAACUCUCCAUUAUGGAACUAGAAUUGGUAAGCUUGGGCAUCAAGAAAAAAUGGAUCAACUACAUAGCCAAUACAGUGGAUAAAGCCCACAACAUGAAUAGAGACAUUUGUAUCAUCGCUGGAGGGGACACUGUCGUCCAUGUCCGAGGCUCUGGCCAAGGUGGAAAAUGUAUGGAAUCAGUAUUGGCUGCUGCCAUAGCACUGCAGGAAGAAUUUCGGGUCAAAAAGCUAAAUGUGGCCGAAUGCAGAAUGUGCUACCUUAGCUGUGACUCUGAUGGCCAUGAUGGCGUCACCAAGAUGGCUGGAGCAGUUGUGGAUUUAGAGUUUCUUGAUAAAGUUGAAGCUAGUGGCCUGAGCAUGAGAGAGUAUUUAGAAAACAAUGAUUCUUUCAGGUUUUUUGAAAAAGUCAACCAGGGAAAUAAUUUUAUACAGACAAAUCUGACAGGAACAAACAUUAUGAAUGUUAUGAUCAUGUUAGUAGAGAAACCAAGAGAAGUCAAAUAUCAAUACAAAGAUUAAUUCUUUAAUUAUAAUGUUGCAGUCCUUAAUAUAUGUUAUUUUACAACAAAAAGUAAGCACAAUAGAUUUAGGAAAACAGAUCAUAUCAAUGGGUUUAUCUGUAUAUGAAAAAUGUUAUGUAUUUAUCUUAUUGUUAUUUAAUAUAAGAAAGUUGGAAGGCAAGUAUGUUGUAAAUAAGUAAAAGCUUCAUAUUAUCAAAUUUAAACAAGUUGACCUGAAUAUCAAUUUACUUUUUUACUGUUGACAUUAUGAUAGACAUAUUUUGUGGAACAGUGAUCUGUUCUGAAUUAUUUUAUCUCCACACAGAGGCCAGCUAGUUGUAGCUGAAGAGGUAAUACGUGUAAUUAUGCUAGCUGUGUCUCUGAGUUAAAGGGGCUUUUAACCUGUAUUGCUAUUAUAGUCACCUGUAUAUAAGAGCAUUUUAUUUCAAAAACUGAUUCAUUUUAUGGUUUUGCACAAAUAGAUUUUAAAAAUCCUUUUAAGUCUUUUUUUUAAUAGCUUUAUUGUAAAUUUAUGAUAAUUGAGAGAUAGCUUUGUAGAUUACUUCAUUAUUCUGAUGUAUAUUAAAAACCUAGCCAAAUGUAUGCCACUAUAAUGUUACUUCAUUACAGUGAGACCUCACUUUAUGACGGGUAUGUUUAACAACUCAAAGUUACGAUGGACUUUCAUGAAUAACCAUUAAUUUAAUUUAAUUCUAAUGUACAACCAAAUUACAAAGAUAGGACAGAUGGCUUAGUUAAUUUUUUAAUUUCACAAGAAAUAAUUACUACAUGCUCAACUAUUAACAAAUAAGUAAGACCUAUAACCCUAAUCUAGGAGCACACUUAAUGAUGAAAUAAACUUAAGGAUGGACUUUCUGGUCCCUAGCACUAUCGCUAAGCAGGAACUCACUGUACUAAGUUUAAGAUUUUUUUUUUUUUUUUCAAAAAUUUAAAGCGGUUAAAAAGAGCUUAAAGAAAAAAAAAAGAAAACUAUGUUUAUUAAGACUUUUUACAUUAAAAUAAUUGCAGCUUCCUUUUUUUUCCUCAUAUUCUUACUAUAAUGUCAUUGUUAUAUUUAUUUAUCUAUAUUUACUCCAGAAUGUAUGCACGAAUUUGUUGUCAAAUGUAUUAUUUUAUGUGAUAUUUGUUAUUCUACCAAAUAUCCAAUAAUGAUUAGCAUAGCAUGUUACUUAUAAUGGCAGCUCUAGAUCACAAUAGUUAUUUGAGAUAAGAAGGUGAAGAAAAAUAUGACCAUUAAAUGGGCUCUUCAUCUUAUUUUCUUUACUUUCUUCUCUCAAUAGCUAUGUACUCCAGUACUGCUGUAUAUGUUACAUAUCAUGUUGAUUCAUCGUUUGUUCUACACUAAAGCUCAGACUCCCAAUACCAAAUAUCCACAAUGAGAUUAUUUUGUGCAUCAUUUUUUAAAAAUAUAUUUCUUUUAUUAUUUGAGUACAUUGGAUUUUAGGGCCUUUUGCCUGUGACAUAUAUUUUUACAAAUGUUCUCUUAAUAUUGCUUAUUUUUACUAAUUUAUUAUUUGUAUAAAAUUUUACUUGUAUUGAAUAUUAGAUCUAAGCCUUAUUUACUAUUUGCAAAUAAGGUCUAAUGUUAUGUCUAUCAUAAAAAUGAAAUCAUUAUUCAGCUUUCUGAAUAUAUGUUGUUUUGUAACAUAUGUUUUUUCAAAUUUCUAUCCUGUGUCAGGCAGUUAAAAGAAAAAAAAGUAAAAUACCUUUUUCAGACCUUGUGAUCUAUUAUAAAGGGCAGAUGAUGUAAGGUCAUCUGUUCCUAUACGACCCACAGUUAUUGAGGGUGUCAUGUGGCCAGCACUGGGACCAACUAAUGUUAGGUAAACGUUAGAGCUAGGUGGAAGCACCCUAAAGAUUCCAAAUUUAAAAAGCCAAGUUUUUACCAGGAUUUGAACCUGGCACCCUGUUGUUGAAAAGACAAGCACUUUACCACUCAGCCACCAUGUCUUCUCAGGCUUUUUCAGGAUUGUCUGUGGAACACCUCUUUAUUAUCAGGAUGUUAGUUGUUUUUUGUUUUUUUUUGUCAUUUAAAACUACAUAUUGUUUUAAACUGUAUUUGUUAAGGCAGUUUAUAAUUUUAUUAUUUUAUAUUAUGAUGCGCUUGAAGAUUUAUAGAAUAUUUUAAGAAACAGAACAUUGAAUAAGUUCUUUACAAAAAAGAGAGAUCUGGCCAAUUGUUUGAAAAAGUUGAUGAACAUAGUCGCAAUCCUUUAAUUACUUUUAACAAACUAAGCUCUAAGUUAAUUAUUAAAUUCUUAGGAAUUACACAUCUUAUGUAUAAAAAAACAUUCUUUACAAAGACAUGUUUGUAUCUUUUCAGGUUUUAAAUUAUUUUUAUUCAGGUCUUGAGUAUCCCAACUUUCUGUAUGGACACAUGAUUUAAAUUGAGGAUCCAUUCAGUAUGCAUUUUUAAAAUAAUUAUUAGUAUUUAUACCUGAGUUUGGUUUAAUGAUUUGUUUUAUUUUUGUAAUUUCAUUUACACUUUGAUUAGUUUCAAGGGCAUGUUGUCAUGUUAUAUGUAUGUUGUAUUUCCAUUAUACAUCAAAUAUAUUAUUUUAUGUUUUUUUUUAGAAACGAAACUAACCCUGUGAUUUUUAUGCUUUAUAUAUUGAUUUACUUUAACAAAAUUUGCAAUUUAUAUUAUUGUUAUAUUUCUAAUAAAAAAUUAAUUACUAUAUAAGCUUGCUAAUAAAAAAAUUAUGUAUUAUGCAAAUCA